AACCAAGAUACACCAAAUAUCUUGUUUGUUUUUAAUUUUUUUUCCUACUAUAAAUAUAUUAAGCGCGUUAUUCUUAAACUAUCCAAACACAAAACACAACAUAACUACCUCGCCUUUAACUCAACUAAGAAAACCACAACAACGAACAAUGCAUCAGAAGACAAUUGACAUGGCUGCCGCCGCUGCCAGAACACUAUGGCCAACUCAGUGGACUCGUGAAGACAACAAGCUUUUCGAGAAAGCUCUAAUUACUGUGCCGGUGCAUUCAUCUAACCGGUGGGAGGAAAUUGCCGGACACGUUCCCGGUAAGUCAGCAGCACAAGUGAAGGAUCACUACGAGGAUUUGGUCCAUGAUAUUUUGGAAAUUGAAUCGGGUCGGGUUGAACUUCCAAACUAUCCUGAUGACCUGGAUGUGAAUAGUGGCAGUAGAAUGUCUAGACACGGUGAUAACGAGAAGCAGAAGAAGAGGAAAGGAAAACCAUGGACCGAAGAAGAACAUAAGUCGUUUCUUUCUGGGCUUAAGGAAUACAAAGAAGGGGAAUGGAAACUCAUUUCAAUAUACUAUGUUAAGACAAGAACACCAACACAAGUAGCAAGUCAUGCUCAAAAGUACUUUCUUCGCAAGAAUGAAGCGAAUAAACAUAAAGAGAGGAAAAGAUCAAGCAUUCAUGACAUUACAUUGGAAGAUAGUAACUCAGCUCCAACGCCUAUUGAUCGGAAUUGUGUUCUGCCUCCCGGUGUUGGUUCAUUGCACCAGUCUGAAUGAAUGUAUUAUUUUCCCUCCAACAGUAUGCAAGAUCAAAUGGGUUCACAAAUGCAUUAUUAGAUUCUAAGUUUUUUUUUUUCAAGUAGUCUGGUGACUAAAAAAUUCACCUAAAAGGUGAAUAAAUAGAGUGUCUCAGGUUCGAACUCAAGCUCUUGCAAAUAUAGGUUAGAAAAUGCAUUAUUAGAUUCUAAGUUGUUUUUAUUUAAUGUUUUAUUCUAAGUUACUUUUAGGAAUUAACUGAUUAUAAUUCGUAUUCAACUUGGUGUUGGAUUUAAUUUAGUAUUGAACCAUCGACUUUUUUAUGUAGUAUGCCACAUGAACUAUGCAGCAGAACAUUAUUGUAC